AUGAAUCAAAAUAAAGAAAAUAAUUAAAAUAUUUAAUAGAAUCAAAAUGAAAAAAAUAAAAAAUUUCAUUUCAAAAGACGUUUUACUGAUAAUAAAGUUCACUAAAAAACAAAUUCUAAUAUAAUUAAUAAUACUAAUAAUAAUAAUUUGAAUAAUAAUAAUUAUUUUUCUAAAGAUACGAAUAAAUUGCAUUAAAUAACAAAGGCUUAUAUAUAAAAUAAAUUAUAAAUAAAUAAAAAAUAAAAUUAAACAGAAAAAAAUGCACUUUUUUUAGAAUAAUAUUAACAAUCAUCUUAAAAAAUAAAGGAAAAUACAUUAAUUUCAAAUAAAAAAUUAUAAAGUUCAGAAAAUUAUAAAAAACAAGAAAAUAUUUAAUAUAAUAGCAAUUAUUAAAUUAGUAAUAACAGUAAUAAUAAUAAUAAUUAUAAUAAUAAUAAUAAUAAUAAUAAUAAUAAUUAAUAAGUAAAUACAAUAAACCAAUAUGAAAUAAAGGAUAUAAUAGGUAAGGGAAGUUAUGCAAUAGUAAAAUUAGUAAUAGAAAAGUAAACUAAUAUAAAAUAUGCAUUAAAAGUAUAUGAUAAAUUUAAACUUUUAGAUCCUUAAAAAAAGCAGAAUGUAAAACGCGAGAUAGAGAUUUUGAAGUCUUUAAAUCAUAAAAAUAUUAUUAAAUUAUUUAAAAUUUUUAAUACUAAAAAUGAUGUUAACCUUUUAAUGGAAUUUAUUUCUUAAAAUACUUUAAGAUAAUAUAUAAGAAAUUUAAAUGGAAAUAUUGUUGAAGAAAAAAAUGCGAAAAUUAUUUUAAAAUAACUGGUUUAAGCUAUAUAAUAUAUGCAUGAAUAAUGUAUUGUACAUAGAGACAUUAAACUUGAUAAUGUAAUGAUAGACAGUAAUUAAUAAGUUAAAUUAAUUGACUUUGGAUUUGCUAUUAAAAUCGAAAAUGAUAAAAAAUUGAAUAUUUUUUGUGGUACUCCAAGCUAUAUGGCACCUGAAUUAACAAGGAAAUGUGAAUAUUAUGGAAAGCCAGCUGAUGUGUGGAGUUUAGGAAUUAUUUUGUAUUUACUUUUGUGCGGAAAGUUUCCUUUCACAGGAAAAGAUGAUGAAGAAUUAUUUAGAAAAAUAUAAGCUGGAAACUUUUAUAUUACUAAUAAUUUAAGUAAUGCUUCUAUUUAAUUAAUUAAAAAGUUACUAAAAGUUAAUCCUAAUGAAAGAUACAAAGCUAAAGAUGUAUAUAUUAUUUAUAUUUUAAAAUAUGAAAAAAAAUAUAAAUAGAUAAUUGAUGAUUUGUGGUUUUAAAUUUGA